AUGCUGGAGAAGUGUGAUGCCAAACUCAUUUGCUUGCCCAGCAACAGCACACACGUCACGCAGCCACUGGACGUUGCGUUUUUUGGGCCUCUCAAGAUUGCAUGGAGGGAAUUGCUGCUCAAAUUCAAAGAGUCUGCUUCAAGUGGGAAUUCCGGAAUCAUGCAGAAAAACCACUUCCCUGCAUUGCUGAAAAGUUUGAUGGAGAAGAUAUCUCCAAAUUCUUCAGCAAAUUUGCGCUCAGGGUUUAGGAAAUGUGGUAUCGUACCGGUGGAUGCACGGCCUAUUCUUCAGCGGCUUCGUCUUGACAAUCCCAUUGAUGAUGAGACUUCAAAUGCAAUUCAUUCAUCAUUUCUGCAGAAGCUUGAUGAGAAGCGGACUGAAUGGGUGGGCAUACCGAAGAAGGGGAAGAGAAAGAAGCUGAAUAUUGUCCCGGGGAAGAGUGUUUGUGAAGAAGAUUUCGUUAAGGAGGAGAACCAGAAACCCCAGAAAAUUAAGUCCCAACCGUCCACAUCCGGAGAAGCUCCAAAGAGGAAGCCACCACAACCGUCCACAUCCGGAAAAGCUCCAAAGAAGAAGCCAGUACAACCAUCCACGGGGGAAGCUCCAAAGAGGAAGCCACUACAACCAUCCACGGGAGAAGCUCCAACGAGCGAGGCACCACAACCAUCCACGGGAGAAGCUCCAAAGAGCGAGGCACCACAACCGUCCACAUCCGGAGAAGCUCAAAAGAGGAAGCCACCACAACCGUCCACAUCCGGAGAAGCUCCAAAGAAGAAGCCAGUACAACCAUCCACGGGGGAAGCUCCAAAGAAGAAGCCAGUACAACCAUCCACGGGAGAAGCUCCAACGAGCGAGGCACCACAACCAUCCACGGGAGAAGCUCCAAAGAGCGAGGCACCACAACCAUCCACGGGAGAAGCUCCAAAGAGGAAGCCAGUACAACCAUCCACGGGAGAAAGUUCAAAGAGGAAGCCACCACAACCAUCCACGGGAGAAGCUCCAAAGAGGAAGCCACCACAACCAUCCACGGGAGAAGCUCCAAAGAGCGAGGCACCACAACCGUCCACAUCCGGAGAAGCUCCAAAGAGGAAGCCACCACAACCAUCCACGGGAGAAGCUCCAAAGAGGAAGCAACCCUCUCGAAAACGAGGAAAUGAAGAAGAAACAACGACUUCCAACAAGCGCUCAAAGGACAAAUGCUGA